AUGGUGCAAAACUUAACAUCGACAGCCCAUGUUAACCCAUCCUCCAUGUCGAUAAACAAGACUGCAACCAUGACAAUCAAACCUUUGCAAAAUAAGACUUUCACUCCUUCUCACAUGACAUUUACACCUUCUCAUAAUGUGACUAUCACCUCUCUUCACAGCAUGACUGUCACACCAUCCCACAAUAUGACUGUCACACCAUCCCACAAUAUGACUGUCACACCAUCCCACAAUAUGACUGUCACACCAUCCCACAAUAUGACUGUCACACCAUCCCAUUUAUACUGACAGUGUGGUAGGGUGUUAUACUGACAGUGUGGAAGGGUGUUAUACUGACAGUGUGGUAGGGUGUUAUACUGACAGUGUGGAAGACAAACAAUGCCAACGCCCCCUGUAACGCCAACUCCAACACCAACACCAACGUCAACACCAAUCCGUCCCGAGCCAGGCAAUUUUACUGUCACAACGAAGAACAACACAGUGUGCUUGUUUGCUUACAUGGCAGCCACGUUUAAUGUGCUCAUGCAUAUUUCAAAGGUAUGGAAGUAUUUAUUUGCACUGGUUAACAAUGGAACUUCAUUACAGCAGAACCUUGAUAUAACGAAAUAUAACAAAGUCGUUGUCAUAAUGAAUGAUUUUAUUUACCCCAGUAAUGGUAAAAUGUAUGGAAAAGAACCUCUAUAUAACGAAACCUCCCUAUAGCAAACAAAAUUUGCCAGUCCCUUGGCCCUUCAUUAAUUUGAGGCUCCACUGUAUUACUAUUACCACUGGGCAAUCAAGGUUGGGUCAUACAGACAUUUAUGAGAGUGAACAUAAUAGCAAUUUAAACCUUUUCUUUUACCUAACCAAAUAUCAUUUUACAUCCCGGUCUAGGCAGACUAUUGUCCAGUGCCUGACCAUUGUUUUUUGUUUUUGCCUCUAACGUUUUUCUGUCAAGGUUGUAGAAAAAACCCAGUGGAAUGCCUCAUAUUAGCUUUUGAAAGCCAGUUAUGGCUCCCUUAGUCAUCAGCUCUCACUUGUAUCAUAAAAAACAAAAUAUUAUUAAAUGUACAUUUAUUAUUAAGUGAUGAGAAAUGAAAAGCGUUUUAAUUUUUAUUGCUUUACAGAUUGUGUAUUUGCCAGCGAAUGCUACAGCUACUGGAGCCUGUGCAAAUUAUCCUUCCGAUGACAAAUCGUUUAUUACCCUGUCAUGGCAGUCAAAAGAGGUUUCUUUUAACUUCACAAUGCACUUUGUCAUAGUCAAGGGCAAAAACUUGCAAGUCACAUCCACACCACGCUGGGCUGCUGCAAAUUUGAUGUUUUCAAUGAAAGGACCUGGACUCUCUGGUAUGACUGCAUAUCAACUUAUUGUAACUCAAAGGAAAAUAUCAAGGUCACUACAAAAAAUACUAUAAUCUCAAAUUGCAGUUUGGGUAGAGCUGCAUGUAAAGCUGAUGUUCACAUUAUCUUUUGCCCUUUGCACGAUCUGCAAGGGCAAUGGCUGAUUUCCAAAAAUACAUGUACCUUAGUAAUAGUGUAAAGUGUCAUAAAUUUUCUGGCCCUUUUUGCUGACACAAUCAUUAUAAUUCAGGGUAUUUAUAGAUAGAAGGCUUCCACCAUAGAACUGUUAUUAAAGAAUCCCCCAAUUCCACUUGUCUUCCCUCAUGCCAAACUCCUGAACAUAUUAAAAAGAAAACAGUACUUAACUAUAGUUUAGCCAACAAUAAGACAUUAGCAUAACUGUGUUUUCACCUAAACAUGCUAAGUAUGCAAUUUUUUGACAAACUGACGUAUUGCAUGUGCAAAUUGUGUGCAAAAGUAAGGUUAACGUGAAGUGCCGUAUUUAUUUGAUUAAACACCACAGCAUUUAUUAAAUUUUUAGCAUUUCCAAUGCAGCAUUUACUUAGGGCAGCGUUUAUUUCCAAAUCACAACAGUUAUUGUAAUUCGUUUGUAAAUAUUAUGUAAUUUAAUGUCAAACUCAGAAAACAGUGAACACCUGAAAAAUUUCAGGAAUUAUAUUUUGUGUAUUGGCCAACCACAAUAAAGUUCAGGACAUGUGAACAAACCUCAAAACCACAAACUAAUUACCGUUGCUGUUUGUGGUUUUGUUAUCACGUGCCUUAUUCACUUAUUUCUCGCAACACAACAUUCCAUAAAUAUUUCUGGUUUUCACGGAUUUGUGAGUUUCACAGUAAUACUUUGCUACUGAGAGAGAAUCGUAAAUGUCUGGAUUGUGUAAAUUACCAAGUUGUAGAGAGGUUUUCCUUAUUCCCCUCGAGUAAACACCGUAUUCUUCUGAUUAGGUGAUUUUGCUUCCAUCUGCGGUGUUUGAUCGAGGAAGGUGUUUAUUUGAGGGAAUAGAUACGGUACUACCCAAAUGGCACUUUGAUAGUAUGGUAUUUUUUCAAAGUGGCCUAUUUAGCAGGAAUAAAAAAAUAUUUUUUUCCAUGUCCUCCACAUAGUUUACUAUGGGUAUGGUUUCUUUGCAGAAACAUUUCAUUCUCAAAAAGAGCCACUGAAUGAGGUUUCAGCUCCUUUGGGUCAUGCAUUCCUGUGCAAAACUAAGUUGAACGCCAUUAAACUGACAGCUGUCAAUUCCAGUGUGAAUGUCUUACUGAUGGAUGUCAAGUUCCAACCCUUUGAAGUUGAGAAUGGACAGUUCAGUAAAAAAGGUAAGGGCAGGAUGUUGACUAGGCAAACUACGAUCAGGUUUUGUGCUUGAAAUUAAGCAUACACCUCUCAUGUUAGCAAGAAGUGUUGACUGAUGACAUGACGUGCCCAAAUAUUAUUAGAAAACGUCUCUGCAUUUUGAAAUGGUUAAUGUGCCUUUAGUAAGCUUCCGUGCUCUGAUAAGCACCCACCACCACCACUAUGCCGUAAUAGGCUGAUUUAGCAACAGAACAGGAACGUCACUUGACAAUGGCGCGUGCAAAUCAAACAACUGGUUUGACAAAUAACUGAGCAACAAAUUGGGUACCGGAAGUGGCAUUCAGUCCUUUCCACGCACUUUUACCCGUCUCGUCAACUAACAUUUUCGUUUUGUUGCUAAAUCAGCCUAAUAUCAAACUAGCACCCCCAAUGAAUAAGCAUCCCCCUUUGAUGCCCCAUAACCCUCUUAAAUAGAUGGGAUACAAGGAAUGCAUGUUUUUAAGCUUCAACUUCAUUUAUACCAAUACUUCUGUGUGUAAAGUGUAUAAUUGAGACUACUGUAUGCUUGAUUACCAAAAGGAGGAAAACUUAAUAAGUGCCCCUCUGAGAAAAGAAUUAGCGCCCUUGUUUCAUUAAGUGCCCCCUCUUUUCACCGAAAUUUUAAAUAAGCAUGUGGGUACUCGUUUGGGGAAAUACAGUAAAUAAGAUUAUCUUGUUUAAAGACCUGGUAAUCCAUGCCAGUGACACACCUUUGUAGCCUGAAUUAUUUUUAUUUGAUUGCUUUGAGUCGUUUUCUCUUUACUGAGGAAGUAAUAACCACUUGAAGUAAUGGGAUGAAAUUCAAGCUAACACCUUUGCCCAUGAUGUCUAUUUGAAAAAUUAUACCCUGGUCCAGGCAUUUUAGUGCAAGGUAAAUAAACCUCUUAUUGUCUCUAUUUUGUCCUGUUUUGUGCAUCAUAGUGGAUAACUGUGAUUCAACGCCAACACCAACACCCACCACCACCCCCCAUACAACACCAAAGCCACACAAGGAAAGCCACACAGUGGCAAUUGCUGUUGGAUGUACACUGGCUGGGCUUGUUGUUAUCGUCGCCAUUGGCUAUCUGAUUGGUAGGCGUUAUAGACGUAACACAUCUGCUGGGUACCGCAAACUGUAA